AAGCUGUAUGUUUAUUGCUGUCAUUUACCUGUAUAUUAAUAUUAAAACAUUCACACAUAAAACAGAUACUGCAAGUUUUAAAAAUCCCCGUCUCUAGUUGAGAUGAAAAGUUUUGCAAAGAAAAGCUCAGAAAUGUGCUGUUUUAUAUUAACAGGAAACAGAACAGCAGUAGUGGUUUGAAUACCCUGCAAACAGGAAGUUUGACACAUGCAUAGCUCUUAGCUUCUGAGUAAGAAGUUGUUGAGCUCCUUUUGGAAAUAUUUGCAGUUACUUUAAGUAAAGUGUAAAUGCACAUGAAUGGCAGCUUAUAGAGAACUGCCCUGUAACCAGUAUACAGGUACAACUACCGCUCUUCAGAAGUUGGAAGGUUUUGCUAGCCGAUUAUUUCAUAGACACUCUAAAGGUACUGCACAUGAUCAGAAAACAGCUCUGGAAAAUGACAGCCUUCAUUUCUCUGAACAUACUGCCUCAUGGGACAGAUCAAUGAAAGAGUUUCUAGCCAAAGCCAAAGAAGACUUUUUGAAAAAAUGGGAGAAUCCUGCUCCGAAUAAUGCUGGACUUGAGGAUUUUGAAAGGAAAAAGACCCUUGGAACAGGCUCAUUUGGAAGAGUAAUGUUGGUGAAACAUAAGGCCACUGAACAGUAUUAUGCCAUGAAGAUUUUAGAUAAGCAGAAGGUUGUUAAACUGAAGCAAAUAGAGCAUACUUUGAAUGAGAAAAGAAUAUUACAGGCAGUGAAUUUUCCUUUUCUUGUUCGACUGGAAUAUUCUUUUAAGGAUAAUUCUAAUUUAUACAUGGUUAUGGAAUAUGUCCCUGGGGGUGAAAUGUUUUCACACCUAAGAAGAAUUGGAAGGUUCAGUGAACCCCAUGCACGGUUCUAUGCAGCUCAGAUAGUGCUAACAUUCGAGUACCUCCACUCACUAGACCUCAUCUACAGAGAUCUGAAACCUGAAAAUCUCUUAAUCGACCAUCAAGGUUAUAUCCAGGUCACAGACUUUGGGUUUGCCAAAAGAGUUAAAGGCAGAACUUGGACAUUAUGUGGCACUCCAGAGUAUCUGGCUCCGGAAAUAAUCCUCAGCAAGGGCUACAAUAAAGCAGUGGAUUGGUGGGCAUUAGGAGUGCUAAUCUAUGAAAUGGCAGCUGGCUACCCCCCAUUCUUUGCAGACCAACCAAUUCAGAUUUAUGAAAAGAUUGUUUCUGGAAAGGUCCGAUUCCCAUCCCACUUCAGUUCAGAUCUCAAGGAUCUUCUACGGAACCUGCUGCAGGUGGAUUUGACAAAGAGAUUUGGAAAUCUGAAAAAUGGUGUCAGUGAUAUAAAAACUCACAAGUGGUUUGCCACAACAGAUUGGAUUGCUAUUUACCAGAGGAAGGUUGAAGCUCCAUUCAUACCAAAGUUCAGAGGCUCUGGAGAUACCAGCAACUUUGAUGACUAUGAAGAAGAAGAUAUCCGUGUCUCUAUAACAGAAAAAUGUGGAAAAGAAUUUGGUGAAUUUUAGAGAGCAACAAGAUGACAUCAGAGCUCACACUUAGUCUUUGCACCCUGUUGAGAGAGGUGGGCUGAGACCACCUUGUUGAAGCAGUUACCCAGUUCCUUCAUUCCAGCCACUGAGUGAGGCCUUCAUCGCCGUCAUCGUGUGUGCAGUCUGCAGCCACCUUUGUAACGAGGCACCGCUGAGCAAGCACUGUCUGUGCCACCACACAGGACCAGACCCCUUUCCUGCUUCUCUCUGGGUUGUCUUUCUCUUCCCCUGUGUCCAUCUCUUCCUCUUUCGGUUUCAUUGGCUUUUUCUAAACAGUGCUCCAUUUUACUUUGUCGGUGUUGAAGACGGGCAGUGUUAUGGCUAUGUGAUAUUUGAAGGGAAGGAUGUGUGUUGCUUUUAGUCGUUCUUGCCAAUGUUCUUGUUGGUCAAUGGCUUGAAGGUAGACUUUCUAAUAAUUACUUUUACUUCGAGUAACUCUGACUCAGUGUUGCCAAAACUCUUGACAGUUUUCAAAGACAGAAUAUUUUGUCACCAAGGAAAUUUAUAUAAAUUAAGACAAUAACUUUCUUGAAAUUAGAUAUUCUGGCAAUAAAUUUGGAUAAUAUAGAAUAGCUUGACCCAGCAUUUUGGAUUCCUGUAGAUCAGAGGUUUUAUUUCCCUUUGCCUCCUUUUAUAUCCUCCCCUUGAAUAAUGAAAUGACCAGACUGUAUAGUGUGACAAAUGUGUCUCAUUCAGCAGGAAAAACUAAUGAUGUAGCUCAUCACCCUGAUUCUCUCACUUGGUACCAGCAUUUCUGCAGGCAUUAGAGAGGAGUUUGAAGUUUUCUAAACCUUUACGCUUCUUUAAGGAUUUUAGCCAGUAUUUUAAUAGGACGAGAUUAAUGAAAGUGACAAAUUGUAAAGUUUCUCUAAUAGUCUUCAUUGUAAGCUUUUUAAAGGAAAAGAAGUAAACUGAAAAGAGCCUUGGUUUGGAUAAAUACUUUGCUAAGCCAAAUAAAUAGCUUGAUUAUUGCAAACAAUGUAGAGGUACUCUUAUUUAAAUAUUUGUGUUUUUUGUAACAGUUAAGAACAAAGAGUUGUUACCAGCUGAUUGUCCUGGUGUACUAUAUUUGUGAGCCUGAGGGAGGGACUUUGCUUGUAACCUCUGCUUUCAUCCCAUGCCUCUUCGAUGAGGAAAAGGGACAAUGUUUAUAAAACUGCCACAAUUGUAUUUUAAUUUUGAGGUGUGAUAUUUUCAGAUCUGUCAUAAUUUCUGGCCUCUUUUCUCUCAGUAAGCAGAACGUAUGAUUAAUCAUGCAGAUAUGACUUUAAUAUUCCAGUUUUGUCUUGGUUUUUUCCUAUACUUUUUGCCACUGACUUAACAACAUUGCUGUCAGGUGGAAAUUUCAAGCACUUUUGCACAUUUUAGUUCAGUGUUUGUUGAGAAUCCAUGGCUUAACCCAGUUGUUUUGCUGUUUGUUUCUUUGCUUUUUAUUUCCCCAUCCGGUUUUAUCUCUGUGUCUCAGUGACCUACUUUGAAACAACACACCAGAAUAGUUUAAAAUAAACUGUGUUCAUUUUUUAUGAUCAAUUUACAUGCAUACAGAGUGAAUUGUUUUUAAUCAAAGCGAUCUCAAUGUAUAUAACCAUCCUAUUUGCUUCACUAUCGGUGCAGGUAGGUCAUUGACACCACUUCUUUUCAUCUGUACCACACCCUCGUAGAACCUUUGAAGACAUUAGAAAAUCCUGUUUGAAAUAUUCUCUAUUCGUCUUUUGGUUGUCAAGUGUUUCUGCAUGGUAAUGUCACAUAAACUGAUACUGAGUUCAGUUGGUCCACCUAUAUUUAAAAUGUGUGAGAAAAAUUUGAAAUACCCUGUUGUAGCAAGUUUUAUGUAACAAAGAUAUGUUCUCAUGUUGAUAAAUUUAAAACAUCAUUUGUAUAAAAUAUUUUAAUUUUUUUGUAUUUCAUUUAGACCCAAGAACAUGCUGAUCAUUGUAUUCUAUGUGUAUACUACAAAUUCUAUGGUAGCUUUGUUGUAUAUUAUUGUAAAGUUAUUUUAAUAAAUCAUGAGGAUGACAAUGUGACUAUUGCAAUUUAGUUUUCAGUAAUUGAAAAGAUUUCUGUGAAUUCUAAAAAUACUUUUCUCUGUGAACUCACUAGCGCCCAGCUAUGAGUUCACCUGGGGAGGUGGCCCCAAGCAGGCACCGCUCUUGCAGGCUGUUCAGCCACCCCCUCUCUCUGUUGAAGGGCACGAGCAAGCUCAUCAAGAGCCAGCGAGUCAGGGGAGUCUGUGUCUGGCCAGUCAAGUACACUAAAUUAGAGCAUGUUUAAAUUAUGUGACAUUCCCAGUUUCAGCCACAAUUUAGCCAAGAGCAAGAUAAACACUUGAAUAAGAAAUAAGUGGUAUAAAUCAGUAUUUAACCUCAAAUUGCAUUAUUUGAAACAGAAGACGUUAUGCUUUGGCUCUGUAAAUAAUUAAGAGAUGGCAUUGUAUAAGAAGGAGCCCUAAACCAAAAGUCAAGACAGCUGAGUUUCAGGCCAGCAAAUGAUCAGUAUGACCUUGGCCUCAGUUCUCAUAUCCAUAAAAUGGAAGACUUGGAUUAGGCAGUUUCUAAGGUUUGUUCUAACUUUCAUGAAUUAUGACAAGAUUCUCUUAUCUCAUAUUUUGAAAAGAUAUCAUGCUUUGAAGUAAGUCUCAGUAAGGCGAUAUAUUUUGUGAGGGCAUUUUUCUUCUUAUCUAUGACAGUGUUCUUGCAAUUUUUUGAAUAUCAUAAGAACCUCAUGUCUGUCCUAAUUCCUUCCUCAUUCACUGAUACUGAAUUACCCAGUUGAUAUAAAACUGUCAACCUACCAAAACAGAUACUGUGGCUUAUGGGUAUUGCUGUCUUGUUCUUGGUAUAUUCGUGUAUUGACUGCCCAUUGGCCUGAAAAUACUCAUUGUAAGCCUGAAAACAAAUCAUUUUUCUUUCUCACUGACUGUUUUUUCUGCUUGUUGUAAGAAUCAAAUGAAAUAAUGUAUGUGAAGGCACCUUGUAAACUGUAACCUAUCAAUGUAAAAUGUUAAGAUGUGUUGUUAUUUCAUUAAUUACUUCUUUGUUUAGAAUGGAAUUUCCUAUGCACUGCUGUAGCUAGGAAAUGCUGAAAACAACUGUGUUUUUUAAUUAAUCAAUAACUGCAAAAUUAAAGUAUCUUCAAUGGAUAUGACAA